AUGUUACCUUCCAUCGCGCGUGAUAUCCCCUUUAAAAUCGUCGACAUUCAAGACAAACAAGACCCAAGUUUAUUUCAUUCAAUUUCAGAACUAUCAAGAUACCGCUCCAAUAAUAGCGCUGGGAGAAUUACUCCCGCUUUCACUCAGGUCGAUGACAAAGGCAAAGAAAUCAUCACCUUGACUUGGGAGAAAUUAACUGCCCGGGCUGAAAAAGUCGCCUCCGUUAUUCGUGAUAAAUCAGGUCUCCAAGUAGGUGAUGCUAUUGCUCUCCUCUACAGAAAAGUUGAAACAAUUGAUUUCAUUGUAGCCUUACUCGGUUGCUUUUUAGCAGGUAUGGUAGCUGUUCCCAUCAAUGCCGCUGAAGAACUCUCUGAACUUUGGUUUAUUUUACGUGUAUCCAAGGUUCACUUGAUCUUGACCACAGAUACUAACCUUAAAACACUCACCAAAAACAUGAAACUACGCAACCUGGAUUUCCCCAAAGAUUUGGAUUGGUGGCCCACAAACGAUUUCGGCUCCUUGUACACACAUCAACUCAAAUCAGGUAAAUAUAGUCCCAUGCGCUCAACACCACUGGCCUAUAUCGAAUAUACCAAAUCCAUGAAUGGUGAACUCAAGGGUAUCGCUGUCUCUCAUCAAACCAUCAUGAGUCAAUGUCACUCAUUUACAGCAGCUACCACAGACACCGUCGUUUUUUCUUCACCUGCAGAAGAUGGAUCUACUACUACAUCUGUACUACCAAACUGGGAUACACAAGGUGCUGACACCCUCUUGACUUACAUUGAACCACGUCAGCAAAUUGGUCUUAACAUCUCCAUCCUAUGUUCCAUUUACAGCGGAAGUCAUACUAUCUUUGCAAGCUCUAAUGUCAUGGAGACACCAGCCAUCUGGGUUUACGUCAUUUCCAAGUACAAAGUGACAAUAGCAUUAGCAGGAUAUCCAGGCCUUUAUUAUGCUGCGAAAUCAUACCAUAAGAACCCCAGAGAUUUCAUCUAUAGUAAAAAGACUUUACCAGAUCUUUCAACACUUCGUUUACUCUUGGUCGAUACUGUCAUUGUCAAACCAGAUAUAAAUGCCUAUAUUGCCAACAAACUGCUAAAACCUUUAGGGAAAACCAUGUUACAAUCUCCCUUGGAAGUUGUGACACCCAUUCUUUCUUUACCAGAACAUGCAGGUGCCAUUCUUUCCUUUCGUGAUUUCCUUGGUCCUGGUAAGAUGGAAGAAUUCGAACAAUCCUAUAAUCAACAGGAUAAUACCACCACCACACGUAAAAAGACCACCUUUGCUGUAGGCAGAUCCAGAGAUGUAUGGGAAUGCACUCUAGACGCAGACGCUUUACGUCGAAAAAAAGUUGUGGUCUUAUCCACAUCUACUACAUCCAACGACAUUCAUCUUGAAGAACCGGGCUCGCUAAGAGUUGGAUCUCAUGGCUUUCCGUUCCCUAAAACUACCGUGGCUAUUGUCGAUCCUGAAACCACUUUGCUUUGUCCUCCAGAUAUCAUAGGUGAAGUGUGGAUUGACGGUCCUUCGCUACCAGAUGGAUUUUGGGGAAUACCUGCAUUGACAGAUGCAGUCUAUCAUGCUUCUCCCGUGGUGGUCCCCUCGGAAACACUCUACCCUGAACCUUUUGCUCAGACUCAAUUCUUACGUACUGGAUUGUUAGGUACAAUGAUUGGUGGAAGGCUCGUUGUCUUGGGUCCAUAUGAAGACUGUAUCCGACAACAACGUUUAGGAACAGAGUUAGGGAUCGAAGAAACCCACAUGAGUUCAGAUAUCUUGAACACCUUGACAAAAAAAUGCCGUAUUGAUUCAUGCACAUUAUUCGAGAUUUUAAUCAAUGGACAAUAUCUACCUAUUCUAGCCAUUGAAUCACAACAAACAUCGACAGCAGACAUGUCGAAAAUGGCAGAGAACGCCGGUGAUGUAGUCAUGGCAUACCAUGGUCUUCGACUAUUUUCAAUUCUGAUUGUCAGUAAGAGCACAUUACCUCGUUACAUAAAAGACGGUAAUCAAUAUAUUCAUCAUUUGGUCACCAAACGUCGAUUUCUGGCAGGCCAAUUGCCCGUGCGUUAUCUCAAGAUGGACAUAGACCGUACAGUCUUUACCGCAGCUACUUCUCUAGUAGAAAACAGUGAAUCUAUUUGGACCUCCAACUUGGUCUCUCAUGAACGUGCACUUGCUUUACAAUUAAUUUCACCGCGUACACGUCUCCAACUUUCCGGUAUUGAAGUCAGCAAAAUCGUCAUUGAUGAACGGUCCGGUUACGACCUAUCAAAGUUUACAAACGUAGUAGAUAUUAUGCUGUGGCGCACCUCAUUAUACCCAGAAGAAAACGCCUUUGUUCUCGUCAAUCAACACAGUGCUAAACCUUUUAGCUGGCGUAAAAUCAAUAAUCAAAUCGCUACCAUUGCCAACUAUUUCUAUACCAAUACCAACAAUAGAAAGUUUUCACUGAAACCAGGAACCAAAGUCAUGCUGUUGAUGAAUUUUGGUGUGGAUUUCGUACGUACCUUGUAUGCUUGCUUCGUCUUGGGUUUGGUACCUGUGAUUUGUGUACCUCCAGAUCCUAUCCAGCCUUUACAUAUACGUAUUCAAGAAGAUGUAAAUAUCAUGAUGCGAACACUUCAGCAGUUAGAUAUCGCUUAUAUCCUCGUCAACACACAAUCCGAUGAACUUUUGAAAUCCAAAAGUAUUCAAGCAGCCAUUAAACUUUCCACAUCCUUUGAUGGCACCAGUAUCAACAGUAAAAAACUACCCGAAUGUAUCAAUAUUGAUAAGGCACCUCGGUUCAAUAAAUUGUUGGGCCCCGAAAGUGGGUUCUCGGUAAGAUCGGAAUGGACUUCAGAUAAAAAGCGAACGGCGUUUGUCUCUAUUCAUCAAUCCACAGAUGAUUAUGCCCAUGAGUAUAUCUCGUAUAGUCAUGACACCAUUGUUUCUCAAUGUCGGUCUCAAAAACUCACCUGUCAAAUCAAUUUUAAGAAACCCUUGAUUAUCACGGGUCUCUCUGCUUUUGAAGGCUUGGGUUUAUUACAUGCUGCCUUUUGUGGUGUUUAUGUCGGAUGUGCUACAAUCUUGAUACCAACAGCAGAGUACAGAAACAAUACAGCUAGUUAUUUCGAAUUACUCGCACGAAACAAAUCUCCCAGUAUUUGCUCAAAUUAUCCCUUAUUCGACCAUGCCAUGACAAAGAUCAGUCCUGCAGAACAAAGACUCAUACCGCUUCAAAAUACCACCAAUUUUAUGAUUUCCGUCGCCAGUCGGACAAAGCCAAGAUUUUAUGAAAAAAUUGCCAGAUUUCUAUCUUUAAGUAGAGUAGAAAGAGAGGCCAUCAAUACUAUUUACAGCCACGCUUUAAAUCCAAUGAUCACCACACGUUCUUACAUGCUGGUUGAACCUAUUGCUUUGAUUGCUGAUCUCGAAUGGUUAAGACAGGGUAUCAUUCGACCUUUAUCACAAGGAGAUGAAGCCUCUUACGGUGUCGUCUUGCAUGAUUCCGGUAUCGUGCCCACAAAUACCAUGAUCGCAAUUGUCAACCCCGAAACGCUCACUUUAUGUCCAAGUCAUGUCAUGGGUGAAAUUUGGGUUUCUUCAGAUAGUAAUGUUCGAUCGGAUCUGCUUGGAAAACUUACACCGGAAAGAACAGAUGCGACUAUCGCUGGAUCCGAUAGAAGUGUCACUUAUAUGCGUACAGGCGAUAUCGGAUUCUUAUGGAACGUACAAAGAGGAGGGAUACAAGCCCAUGUGGAAGAAGGUCAAUGUCUCUACGUCUUGGGACAUUUAAGUGAGGUGGUCACGUCUAAUGGAUUAAUGCAUUUUGCACUUGAUAUUGAAGAAAGCGUGGAAAAUUGUCAUCAAGAUAUAUUAUUUGAAGGAUGUUAUGUCAUUCAAAUUGAUAAUGAAAUUGUAGUAAUUGUGGCGGUAAAACCUUCCAUUGCACCUCCAUUAUCGGCAGUGCCUUUAAUCGUCAGUUCAAUCUUGGAACGUCAUUCUUUAUUAAUUGAUACGGUUGUUAUGGUCAAUAAAGACCAACUACCCAAAAAAUUCAAUAGCGAGAAACGACGACGAAAAGUACUUGCCAUGUAUCUAAAGAAAGAAAUGUAA